GUUUAUUUUGUUUAUUGUGGUCACAAAACUCACAUAUCUCGACUAUCUCGAGCAUUUAGCUCAGAAUAAAUUCAUAGAAACGACUUUUCCAUAAAAAUCUGCAACCAUGGCGAUGGCAGCGAUGCAAAAACGGACAAAUGUCCGUCUACCUCCUGAGGUCAACAGGGUCCUUUACAUCAGAAACCUGCCGUACAAAAUCACAGCGGAGGAAAUGUAUGACAUCUUCGGAAAAUACGGAGCCAUCAGACAAAUCAGAGUGGGAAACACGCCAGAAACCAGAGGUACAGCUUUUGUAGUUUAUGAGGAUAUUUUUGACGCCAAGAACGCCUGCGACCAUCUGUCGGGAUUCAAUGUUUGCAAUCGGUAUCUCGUUGUUUUGUAUUAUCAGGCCAACAAAGCUUUCAAGAGAGUGGACGUGGACAAGAAGAUGGAGGAACUGGAGAAAGUGAAAAGCAAAUUCGGCUUGGACGAUGACAAAUAAUUGUCCAAUAGAAACAUUUCUUUUUAUUUGGAGUGCCUGGACGUGAGUGAAUGAUUUAUUAAGGACUGGAGUGGCAUUUUUUUAAGAAAUAAAUUGAGACUUAAGUUUUA